AUGUUUUCCGAAAAGCAAAGACCUCCCUCUCUAACCAGGCGCGGUGGCUUCCUUUUCCUCUUUGUAUCGGCUGCUUGGCUCGUCUUUCGGUACCCGUUCACUGACUUUGACGUUAUCCAACAACAACAUGAACAUCCUCUUCUUAACAAAACCCAACACGACAACCAAGUCAACGAAUCACCAUCCACAGCCGCCAUUUGCGACAAAAACAUGUCAGUCUAUGUAUACCCUCUGCCGGCCAAGUUCAACCUCGGCCUCCUUCGCCACUGCCACAAACUCAACGUGCACACCGACAUGUGUCCCCACGUCGCCAACUCCGGUCUUGGCCAGCCAAUUUCCAGCGGCGGCUGGUUCGCCACCAACCAGUUCACAGCGGAGAUGAUCUUCCACGCACGUGUGGAGAACCAUCCCUGCCGCACGCGGGAUCCCGCGCGUGCCUCCCUCUUCUACGUUCCCUACUACGGCGGCUUCCACGUUUCAAACAAGUUCCGCGAACGUAACCUGACAGCUCGUGAUGAGCUGGACGUCAGCCUGGUUGACUUUAUCCAAGCGCAGCCUUGGUGGAACAAGCGCAAUGGUCAGGACCACUUUAUGGCCCUGGGGAGGGUCGUACGAGAUUUCAUCCGAAGGCCCAACGACCGCGACUACGGAGCCGGCCGCCUCCUAAAUCUACCCGCAGUGAAGAACAUGUCAGUGUUGAUCAUAGAGAGACAUCCAUGGCAAGGAAAGAACCAGUACGGCAUCCCUUACCCUUCGUACUUCCACCCGUCCACGAGUCAGGAGAUGGCGUGGUGGCAGAACAAGAUGAGGAAAGUCCGGCGGCCCUACUUGUUCUCCUUCAUUGGCGCCCCCAGAAGGAAGGCGGCUAUCAGGAAAGAGUUUAUAAGGCAAUGCGGCGAGUCAACUCGGUGCAAGCUCUUGAACUGCGGUUCUCCUGACGGCCGCAGCAAGUGCGGCGAGCCUAGUGAGGUGCUGAAGGUUAUGUCCGAGUCUCGGUUUUGCCUGCAGGCGCCCGGUGACUCGUUUACUCGGCGGUCAACGUUUGACUCGGUGCUUGCGGGUUGCAUACCGGUGUUUUUUUCACCUCACUCGGCUUACACUCAGUAUGGGUGGUAUUUACCUGGAGAGAGAAGCAGUUACUCGGUGUUCAUAGAUCAGAAAAGCAAAGCAGUGAGAGAAUAG